UAAUAUCUGUGGUGAUACGAUAAGGAAAAUCGCGCGUGCGUACCUACCUACCUAUUACAUUACAAAUAUAAAUUCAUGUCUAUAAAUACUAUUAAUUUAUGUUUUUGAAGACAGUAGUGAAACUAGUUAGUUGCAGAAGUUUGAGCUAUACAGGUCUACGUUUACAUAGCGGUGUGAGAGCAAAGAUGUCUUUGGAACAAGCUAAACAAGUAGCCGCUUACUUAGCGGUAGAUGAAUUUGUUGCAAACAAUUGUAUUUUCGGCGUCGGCAGCGGCUCCACUGUGGUAUAUGCUGUACAACGGUUGGCAGAACGGGUUGAAACUGAAGAAUUGAAGGUUACCUGCAUUCCUACUUCUUUCCAAGCCAAACAGCUGAUUGUUAAACAUAACCUUACUCUGGGUGAACUCGACACCAAUCCUGUAAUAGACGUGACUAUCGACGGUGCUGAUGAAGUAGAUGCCAACAUGACUCUGAUCAAGGGAGGUGGUGGUUGUCUCCUUCAAGAAAAAAUUGUUGCAUCCUGCUCUAAAAAGAUGAUUGUCAUUGCUGACUAUACAAAAGAUUCUACUAAGUUAGGUGACAGAUACAAAAAAGGAAUACCAAUUGAAGUAGUCCCAAUGGCUUAUGUUCCUAUCAAAAAUAAAGUAGUUGCCAUGUACGGUGGAGAUGUGAAGUUGCGCAGUGCUGUGGCCAAGGCUGGACCAGUGGUCACUGACAAUGGGAACUUUAUCCUUGAUUGGCAUUUUACAAACCAAGAUUUAGACUGGGAAAAAGUAAAUUCUGCAAUCAAGAUGAUCCCUGGUGUGGUUGAAACGGGUUUGUUUGUAAAAAUGUGCUGGAAAGCGUACUUUGGACACCCAGAAGGAAAUGUUGUGGAAAGGCAUAGUAAUUAAUUUUAAGUGAACAAAUCAAACAUAAAUACAGGUGAUCAAUAUAUCCUUCAUUCUCAGAUAUAUUUAAGGAUCUGUUAAAUGUAUAAGAUUUUUAUUAUGUUUAAAUCUAAGAAAUAAUAAAAUCAACAUGACAUGUUA